AGUUGAGAAAGUAGCAAAAAUACUGCGUUGUGUGGCGGUGAGGCGGUGUUUCACCGCCACUAAGUUGCAAAUCGCUCACCUCACCUCCCUUACUUGAAUUUCUCGGAAUACAGCAGAACCCAGAAUAACAUCAUCAUCAUCAUCAUCCUCCAUCAAAGAAUUUUGAAGAAGAAAAAGGGAAGAACCCUAGCAACUUGUACUCGUAACAGCUCCAAAUGAGCGGUACCAGUACCGCCAAUCUAUUACCAACGCCACCCCAGGAAGAUGCUUGGAUUGUCACUUACCGGAAGCUGAUUUCUCACUGGCAAUCUGUUUCUCGGUCUCAGCAUCAUUCAACAGUGCCGAUAUCGAUAUCUAGAGUUAAUCAGUUUGAUGCUGCAAGGUUGGACAUUGAGAUGUCAGCCAUGCUAAAAGAACAGUUGGUUAAAGUCUUCUCAGUGAUAAAGCCAGGAAUGUUAUUUCAGUAUGAAGCAGAACUUGAUGCCUUCCUCGAGUUUCUCAUUUGGAGGUUCUCCAUUUGGGUAGAUAAGCCUACUCCUGGAAAUGGUCUCAUGAAUCUCAGAUAUAGAGAUGAACGUGCUAUAGAAAUCAGAGGAAAAGUCAGAAUGGGUUUGGAAGGUCCUGGACUAACUGUUGCUCAAAAGAUAUGGUAUUGCAUUGCCAAUGUGGGUCGGCAGUAUCUUUGGGCUCGUUUGCAAUCAUUCUCUGCUUUUCGUAGAUGGGGUGAUUUUGAGCAGAGGCCUUUGGCGCGCCAAGCUUGGGGUUUUAUACAACGUAUUGAAGGACUCUACAGGGCUGCCUCUUUUGGCAACCUACUCGUAUUUCUAUAUACAGGAAGUUAUAGGAAUCUCAUUGAAAGAGCUUUAAGAGCAAGGCUUGUCUAUGGGAGCCCUAACAUGAAUCGAGCUGUUAGUUUUGAGUACAUGAAUCGCCAGUUAGUAUGGAAUGAAUUCUCGGAGAUGCUAUUGCUGCUUCUCCCCCUUCUCAACUCACCAACCAUUAAAAGUUUGCUCCGUCCAUUUUCAAAGGAUAAAUCUUCGGGCUCUUCAGAGGAUAACUCUUCUUGCCCUCUUUGCCAGGCAAGCCCAACAAUUCCAUACCUUGCCCUCCCUUGUCAGCACAGUUAUUGUUACUACUGCCUUCGAACACGAUGUGCAGCAGCUCCAUCAUUCCGGUGUUCCAGAUGCAGCGAGCCAAUUGUUGCCAUGCAACGGCAUGGUGGUAGUAGUGAUGCUAAGACUCACACUCAAUAGUGGAGGAGGAGAACGAGGAAAAGCAUAUUGUAAACAGCUGAUGCUGUCUAAAAGAAAUGCUCGAAAUAGAGACACCUACACAGAUCAAUUGGGAACCAUUUUUUAUCUUUUUUUUUUUUUUGGAAGUAUUUGUACCCCAAUUGAGUUAUUCUUUGUCAUCUGUUACAUUUAUAACGAGCUUAUUUUUUAAACUCAUUAAAGAUUUGUCAAUAAG